AUGUGCGCUACCACCCAACCAUCCUCCCCAUCGAAUUUCAACUCCCCUAUCGGUAUCACUGUCGAUGCGCGCCAGACGUCCCGCAAGCCAUCCUCCAGUUCAAGCCAUGGACCGAUCACCAGAGGCGCUCUCCGUCCUGGACAUGAACCACCCUUCCCGUUAGGCGAAGGCAUUCCAGCCAGGGGGAAUCGUUUCGCGUCUCCACUCGGCGGCACAGGCCGCAAAUAUGAAGGUGCCUCCACUUCGCGCCGAGAACGAUACCUGCCAUCCUUACAGUCUCGGGGUGAUCAAGGCCUCCUGCCAUCCACCUACCUGGACAUCCCACGAGGCAUGCUCGAGAUACAUGGUUUCAACGAGCUCGAGGCGCGGCAAGGCGAAGAGAUCAAGGCACUCUCCGAACAGCUGUUCGCCGCGGGCGAGCAUGUCGACGCCUAG